AUGUCAAAGCGAUGCCGGAGCGAUGAUACAAUAACUCCCUCGCCCAAGCGUCAACGGACAAUAGGCGACGAACGAGGAGGACAAGACUAUAUAUCGAAACUCAGUGAUGAAAUACUGCUUCAAAUUCUGUCAUCUGUGUCUAUAGACACUCUUGUUAAAUGUCAAAGGGUCUCGAAGCGAUUCCAUGCACUUGCCGGCGAUUCGGAACUAUGGAAACGACGAUACUUUGCGCAAUGGGUGUUACCUCGAGCCCGCGCUGUCCCGCAAUCGAGACAUUUGAAAUCAUCAUCCACCGGGACGGCUUAUUCACCGCGAGUGUCGAAAUGGCUCGGUCAUGGCCACCUUGCGACGGAGGACAGUACCUCCAUUCACUGGAAAACGCAGUAUCGACUUCGCCACAACUGGUCUAGAGGGACUUGUCGACUCGAUGAACUAGAGGUAUCGCGCCCGCCGUUGCCUCAAAUACUGAUCAAGCUGUACUCGGGUGUCGUCAUUACUGCGGACAAGGAGCAUGGGUUACGGGCUUGGUCUACCAAACGGCCAAAGAAACAGUUAACGGGGCUGCCAUUUCCGAAAGAGGAUGCUACACCAACUGCUCUUUACGUGGCCAAGGGUUCUCCUGCUUCGUGUAUCGAGGUGACUGUUGGUUUUGAUGACGGCCAUUUCAGCGUCUACAAUCUAGACGUGACUCGCGGGGAAUUCAGGAUACGUUUUUCGCAGACAUCUACAAGCGAUGCCACCACCAUCACUGCUAUAGCAUCUGCUCCUCCAUACCUCCUCACGAUAUCAGAUCAUAAAUUAUUUAAUCUCUAUAAGAUACCGCCUCAUAUCACUCAACAUGAAGAAUCAUCGUCACCGGAUCAGCUCCGUUUACUGGCGUCGUUGGAAUCCAACAAUACGUUUGCGCCAAUGUCACUCUCACUCAGAUGCUCGGCUGCCGAAGUCAUAGCCUCAAUAGCAUACAGCUUCUUUCAUAUCAGUAACGGCUGGACCAUUGGAAUACAGGAGCUGCGAUUCAACAAGGACGGUGAACACAUUACUUCCCGUCUAGCCACCACGGUUGCAGUGCAGCCAAAAGCGGAUGAACAUGAAAAUAAUGACCCCUCGAUAGAAAGCAACAACGAACCCAACAAUCACAGCCGUGGAUUUACAAGUCUCUCCUCGACUACUUCCAUACAGCACAAGGAGGCUCCGACAUCUCUAUCAUACUCUCAUCCUUUUCUUCUUACGUCUCACAGCGACAACACUUUGACGAUGUAUCUUGUCUUUUCGUCGGCGGACAAACUCGUUAUCCGAGAUAGUCGGCGUCUCUGGGGUCAUACGUCGUCGGUGUCAAAUGUGCAAGUGGGCGACCGAGGGAAAGCAGUAUCCGUCAGUCCUCGGGGAAACGAGAUUCGAAUAUGGGAGCUGGAAAGCGCAGUAUCGUCUUUGUCGUCGCCGCUCAGCUCUCGCAGGCGGAGUAUAAGGGGCGAGUCGAGCGUUCAGAUCAAUUAUGAAAAGUCUAAUACUCCAAGUUUUUCACUCAGUACGACUUCCGGGGCCCGGGAUUGGAGUCAGCAUGUUUCCUAUCAGAGAGAUCUGGACGUUCUUUCUGACGGUUGGGUCGGAUUUGACGAGGAGCAGGUUGUUGUGCUGCGUCAACGAGGGUUGCGAGCACAAUUUUUGGAAUGUUACGAUUUUACGUAG